AUGACCAGACACACUUUAUCCACGCCCGGCGCCUUUCCAGCGGGAGGCCAGGCUCGCUACGGCAGUCAUCAAGAUGUACGACUAAACCCGGCCCGCUCCGCCGACGGGCGCACACAACGAUCUUUUGCAUAUUUUACAAUUAAAGAUAGACUGCCUCAGAUCCUCACAAGAGUUAUUGAUACUCUGCAUCGACAUAAAAAUGAAUUUUUUGAAGAACAUGGUGAGAAAGGUGUUGAGGCAGAGAAGAGAGCAAUAUCUUUCCUCUCCAAGCUGCGGAAUGAGCUGCAAACAGACAAACCAGUGACCCCUUUAGAAGAUGAGCUGCCUGAUGCUGCGCUGUGGAACCAAUACCUGGACUACCAACGAAGCAUAAACAAUGGAAAUGGAGAACCAAGUUGGUUUCAGUCCCCUUGGUUAUAUGUAGAGUGUUACAUGUAUCGAAGAAUUCAUGCAGCAUUAGCACAGAACCCACCUAUUGACAACUUUGAUGUGUUUAAGGAAGGAAAGGCUCAAAAUUUCUUUGAAUCCCAAGAGGCUAUUAUUACCAUAUGCACUUACUUUCAGGAACUACUUAAAAACAUCAAGGAUCUAGAUGAAAAGCAACUUAAGGAAGAACUUUUUAAACUAUUGCAGGUGUCAUUGUGGGGCAACAAGUGUGAUCUUUCUUUUUCAGCUGGUGAAGACAGCUCUCAGAAAGCUAGUCCUUUACAAUCCCUGGAAAACAUGAUACCUUACGUCAUAGUGAAUGAUAUGGAAAAACUUUGGUCACUACUUGUAAAUGCCAAAAACAGACAUACAGAAAAAAGUAAGAUUAGAGUUGACAUAAUCCUGGAUAAUGCUGGAUUUGAACUUGUAUGUGAUCUUGUUUUGGCUGACUUCCUGCUAUCGUCAAAGCUAGCUGAUGAAGUCCAUUUUCAUGGAAAAAGUAUUCCAUGGUAUGUGUCAGAUACCACAAAACAUGAUUUUAACUGGACUAUUAAACAACUGCAGUCAGGUAAUCACAUGUGGAUGUCUAGAUGUGGGAUAAACUGGGAGGGCAAUUUGAAAAAGGGAUUUUGGGUUUACCAUGAUCACAUGUUUUGGACUUUGCCACAUGAUUUUUCCAAUAUGGCCGAAGUUGCUCCUGACUUGUAUGCUGAUCUACAGAAGUCAGACUUGCUUCUUUUCAAGGGUGAUCUAAACUAUAGAAAAUUAACAGGAGAUAAAAAGUGGGAAUAUAGUGUUCCGUUCCAUCAAGCCUUGAACAAGUUUCAUCCUGCGCCUCUCUGUAGUUUGAGAACACUGAAAUCUGACACUCAGGUUGGCCUAAAACCUGGACAAGGUGAACAAAUUCAGGCNNNNGAACCUGAAUGGAUGACAAGUGGAAAAUACGGGGUAGUUCAGUUUGAUGCUACUCUGUAG